AUGGGUUCAUUAAAAGUGCUUACUGGUCUAUUAUUGAUCAUGAUGAGUACGUGUAUACAUGUAGCGAUGUCUCACGCUCAAGAUGACUUCUCUUUAACCGGUUUCGAUAACCCAAGAACAACUGUGGUGAUUAUCAAUGAUCUUGGAGGUUCUAUGCCAUUGCGAUAUCAUUGUAACUCAAAAGACGAUGAUCUUGGAGACCGAACUAUGCCACCAAGUGGAUCGUGGUUCUUUGAAUUUAAACCUAGUGUUUUUGGAAAUACAAAAUUCUAUUGCAGUUUCAGCUGGGGAAACGAGUUGCAUUAUUUCGAUAUCUACAGAUACAGAAGAGACAGACUGUUUGCAGAGUUUGGGUGUAUAAGAUGUGAGUGGAAGAUACGCAAGACCGGGCCUUGCAAACUUAACAAAGACAGUGGAAUGUUUGAUGUUUGUCUUCCUUGGAAUUAG